UGACGACGAUAGAAAAUGUCGUGUUAGAUGGAACUGAUACAUUCAGCCCUUUACUAAUUAGUCCGGAUGUGUCGAAUCGGCUGUUGAAAUCGAACACAGUGACGUCAUUACCGCAAAAUAUGACGCAGUCUGUCGAAAUAUUCGACAACUUCACGGACAUUGACUAUGGCCGUUACCUACAGAGUCUAAACGACAGAUUUGCAAGACUCAUGUUACCAGCAGUAUGCUACCUCUCAGUGUUAAUGUUUUUUGGAAUCAUAGGAAACAUUUUGGUUCUGUACAUCUACAUCAGGAAGUUGAAACACAACACAACGAGAAGCUUCGUCCUGGCUCUGGCCUCCUUUGACCUCCUCGCCUGCACCGUCGCCAUUCCAGGGGAGAUAAUCGACCUCAUGCACAACUACACGUUUGGGUCCUACGUCGCCUGUAAUCUUCUCAGAACAGUCAAUUCCUUCUCCUCAUUUGCGUCCGGGUUCACUUUGUUCGUGGUGGCAGUCGACAGAUAUAAAAUGAUUUGCAAUCCACUCGGGAAUCAAAUCUCUACCAGAUCGGCAAAUUUGGUCCUCCUCUGCUGUUGCCUUGUGUCAAUGGGGUUAUCUGCCCCUGCUGCUGUUCUGUACGGCAGCAGAGCUGUACCGACUGGUUAUUCGUGGGUUAAUGGAUCCGAUUGUUCAACAAAGGACAGGUUCUUAGGGACCCUGUUUCCUCUUAUAUACAAUGGCGUACAGUUCUUAUUCUUCGUCGUCGGCGCGUUCGGACUCAUGUCUCUGUAUUCACACAUCGGCAGGCGAAUAUGGCGGCACCGAAGGUUCAAGGUCACAGGGCAGACUCCAUCUUCGUUUUUUAUCCGCUGCAGCGACUCAGGAUCCGAGACCAGUCCGGCGACAGACGACUGUCACGCCACAGGCUUUAUCUCCCCUUCCGGUCACGUCCCCAACGACGUACCGCGUGACCGGAAACAAUAUGGCGCCAGAAAACCACCAAGGAAGCUUAUCGUGAAGACGCGUAAAUGUUCAAGCGUGUCCAGCAUGAGCAGUCCGUCUUCACCGGAAGGACUGUCACCCGAAUCACCAACAUUUCUAGUCAAACCGGAAAUGAACCGUAAAGUGUCACGUGAGCAGAGCUCGACCACACGUAAGGUGUCGAUGCGCAGAGGAACGCUUGAUCGACGUCAGUCCGUUUUGCCCAACUUGUCGAAGCGGGAAACAAACGCGCUUCGUACGACCCUCAUGCUGUUCCUCAUCACGCUCAUAUUCAUCCUCAGCUUCCUCCCCCAUUUGGUUCUGAUGACAAUAAAGGCCUUGGAUGCGAAAUCUUUGAGCGGAAGUGGCGACCUUGCCGAGCUUGCCUUCAACAUUGGACUGCGGUCGUACUUCAUUAACAGUGUGGCUAAUCCUAUUGUUUAUAGUCUGUGUUGUCAGAAGUUCCGAUCUGAACUCGUCAAGAUAUCCAAGUGCGCCUGUGACAGAAAAUAAACAUGUUGAACAUGA